UUUCAGAUAAGCUUUGUGAUAUUUCGGAAGAAGCGGUUGUUUGGGGAGACCAGUAUUUUCUGGGUUGGCAAUGUGUGCUUCUGUAAACGGGAAUGAUCAUCAACAGUUAGCACGGGAGAUCCGCUUGGUGAUCCCUCAUUAUACUGCAACAAACAACCGUUUCCAGUAAUGAUGUGUUGCAAGCCAACAAUAGCUGGAAGGACAGCACAGUGGCUUUGGUGGUCCACUCUGAUAUUUCUACUUCUUAGGGCUACAAAACAAUUUGGCAUGAGGACAAUGGCAAACAAUGAGAAGAGUGAUAAUUUGGAUGCUACAAGUAUGUGGUAUUCGGGAAAUAUUAGUGUAACAGGUCUUAAACCACAGCCUAAAACACCCAGCGAAUUGAAGAUACCAGAAUGUGAGGACUCGAUCAACGAUUGUGCAUACGGUGGUAAAUGCGUUGCUGAUUCAAAUGGUUAUAAAUCUUGCCUUUGCCCAGCAAGUUGUCCAGCUUCAAUUCCGGUGUCAUGUCGUGCCGGCAGGCAGGAUGAUUACUGCAUGUCGAUGAGUGAUGACUACAAGGAUAGGUAUCUACUGCCAGAACCUGCUUGUCAUAUGGGAAUUUGUGUUUGUCCUCCAAUGUUUGAUCCUUGGAGACUAGAAGGAGCUAUUGAACUACUUCCCUUCAAAUGCGAUCGAAGAGAACUGUUAGUACAGGGACGUGCGCUUCCAUCAGAUUCUGUCUACCAGGGUACAGACGCCAGUUUAUUUUGUUGCAUCAAUAUGGAUCCGAGAUCAUUUAUUGAUGAUGAUGGGGUGGACUUUAUACAGAAUUCAUCAAUCAUACGUGAACCAACCAAUACACCAUACGAUGAAGUUUUCACCGACGGCAUUGAACCACCACGUUGCUGGUCACUGGAAAUAAAGAAUGCACAGUACAGUGAUAGCGGGACAUAUCUUUGUCAUGUGAAAACAACCGGUAAACAUGAAAUCAACACCAAUCAUACGAUCAAUUUCUUUGUGAAAGAUCAAGGUAGUCUUACCACUCGCGAAUAUUCAUCCUCCAAACUGAAAUUCCUCAACCUGCUUGCUGAACGACGAAAAACCAAGAAAAUUGAGGAGAAAACACCACGAAUUAUCCAAAAUGUAACCGUGAAAACAAAUGCAACUCAUGCGGAAAUUCGAUGGGAUGCUGAGGAUGAUGGGCCAAUGCUGAAGAUUGAUUUCAAAUUAAUGCGGCGAACAGAUGGAGUGGAAGUAUGGUCGGAUACUAAUGCAAAAUCUGGCGUGGUCAUUGGGGAAUUGUUACCGGCAACGCCGUACACAUUAUUCAUAUCAGUUUUCGAUGGUCAAAAUGAACCAUUCAAAAUAACCGAACAUUUCACGACAUCUGAAAGCGCUCCGGAACCACCAACACUGGGUGAAAUACGUCUUCUCAAUCUUCAGGGCGGUUUGUAUUGUGAAGUUGAAUGGAUGCCACCGAAAACACCUAAUGGACGUAUCACUAAAUAUUACGUAACAGUGCGAGGACAAAUACGACAUGUUUCACCUGGCGGAAUUUUAUCAAAUGAUGAUUUCCCAGCAGAGGAGAAGAAUCAGUGCGCUAAUUACAAUAAUAAUGAUAGUAGUUACACGAGUGCGGAUGCUAUUGCAGACUUUUAUUCAUGUCGUUUUGGGCCGUUGAAGCCGAAUCGGAAUUAUACGGCAUUCGUGUGGGCUGAGAAUGGUGCUGGUCGAAGUGAAAAUGCAACAUUUUCUGAGCAGUGUAUAACGGACUUUGCACAACCAGAUGCCGUCGAUGCUCCAGCUUCGAUGUCACAAAACGGAACAGUAUUCGGUUUGACGUUCAAUAGUGAACCGGAUGAAGUGAACGGACCUGUGGCGUGUUACUACGUUGCAAUUGUUCCACUUGCACCGGACGUUGUUAUUGAGAGUUUACCGGCACCCGAUUCACUUAUUGUUGACACAUUCCUUAAAACGAUGAGCAAUAAUUUGCAAAAUGAGCACCUCAAACAAGAUACGAAACAGAAGCGUUACUUUGCAUAUAUCGCGGAAAGUUAUAUGCAGUAUCCGAAGAGAACAUUUAUUGGUGAUGGUAAUACUACAGCUGGUGUACAACCCUGCAAUGUUUUGUACUUGAGUCGUCAUCGACCGGAGGAUCCAGCCUUGAAACCUGGUUUAAAGUAUACUGGUUUCUUGAUUGCACGCGUUGAUCGUGAUCAUGCUGCGCGUAGUGAAUCGUUCCGACACAAUGAUCCUUUUUUCAUGAAGAGGAAGCGGAGGCGAUUGCACCAGAACAUAGAGAAACGAUUUUUAGAUCGAAGCCGUUGGUUUAGUUAUCGUGAAAAUUCGGAACUUCCACGUCAUUUUCGAUCAUCACGGCAGUUAAUUGUUAGUGGUCCAGCGUAUGGCUUCAGCGGAUAUUUUAAACCCGUAAUUUUAGAAGCUUUUGAUGAGCAGUGGGCCCAAUCGUGGAUGACAGUACUGUUUAGUGUGCUUUCUUUGAUUUUGUUCAUCAUGCUAGUCUCCUCAUUUGUUACCUAUAUUUUGCACAGGCGUGGAAUGAUAAAACAGCUGUGUCCGAUGAGUAAGGAUCGUAUGCUUCUAAAGCCUCAUUUUCAUGCGACACUUAUUGAUGAUCUACCCGAAGAAUAUAGCCUACGACGUCGUGAUAGCAAUUACCUAUGCAUUUCUGAGUUUGAUGCUUUACCAAAUUAUCGUUCGAUGGAGUCAAGUGCUUCGGAACGCUUGGAGAAUGCUCAUAAAAAUCGUUACAAUGAUAUAAAAGCAUUCGAUGCUACACGUGUCAAAUUACCAAUUAUUGGAAAUGAUCCAUCAACCGAUUACAUCAACGCUAAUUACGUUAAGGGAUACAAAGGUCGCAAAAUGUUUAUUGCAUCACAGGGUCCGUUAGAUGCUAGUACGGAUGAUUUUUGGCGUAUGAUUUGGGAGCAUAAAGUGCGGGUCAUUGUCAUGGUUGCCAAUCUCUAUGAGAGAAACCGGUGCCAGUGUGCGAAGUACUGGCCGGAUGAUGGACCAAAGACAUAUGAUAAGUUGGAAGUUCGUCCAGUUGAUUCGAUUUACUAUUCUGAUUACGCCAUACGCAAUUUCGAAAUACGUCGAAUUCAAUCAACAGUAGCAAAUGGUUCUCUCUCUGGAAGUCCUGCAAUCAUUUCUUAUGAAGUUCCAAGUAAAGCUGGCGAUACAGUUGCCGACCCUACUGCAGUUAUUGUAAAUACGAAGUCCCGUUCAUCAUCGAUUCGCGGUUCGAUUGAUUCCAUUCUUAACGAAAUAUCUUCGAAUUCCAAAAGAAAUUCGCGGUGUAGCAAUAGCAAUGCGCAAUUGAAUGACAUUCAUAUAGAAACGGAAUUUGUUACUAAAACAUCAGAAGUGCGUCAUGUUGUACAAUAUCACUAUACCUCGUGGAACGACUUACAAGCACCGGAAUGUACUACUGGUUUGCUACGCUUUUUAUCGAAAUUGCGCAAACUAGACGAUUAUAUCCGUGGUCCUGUUGUUGUUCACUGCAGUGCUGGUGUGGGUCGUACAGGUACUUUCAUUGCAAUCGAUAGUUUGUUGGACCAAUGUAUGGAGGAGGGUAAAGCAGAUGUGUUUGGUUUUGUGUCAGAAAUGAGAAAACAGCGAAAUACUAUGGUUCAGAAUGCUGAACAAUAUCUUUUUAUUUACAAAGCAUUGGCUGAAUGGUAUAUGUUUGGUGAAACUGAUAUCGAAGUAAGUCAAUUUCGUGAACAUUAUCGUACACUGAAUGAGCCACAGCUUCGCGAACAUCAAACGCCAGCUAACCGAUCAACAUUUACUGCUGUUGUAAAGCGAACAGCUCCAAAGGUGCAACAAGUUAACAGCGAUACCUCAACUUCCGAGAAAGUACUAACUGUUAUGGAAGUUGAAUACAAGCGGUUGGAGCGCACGCUUGAACCACGACGAACAUGUAAUUUUGCACAUAAGCCGGAGAAUUUGAGGAAGAACCGUGUCGAGAAUGCUGUUCCAUUUGAUCAUUGUCGUAUCGUUUUACCAGUUGUUAUUGGAAGUGUUAAUGAUUCAACUUACAUCAAUGCUUCUCUGGUUAAGGGUUACUUUUACCCUUACAUCCUGGCUCAAGAUCCAUUGGAUGAACAGACAUGCUAUGAUUUUUGGUGUAUGAUUGGUGAGCAAAAUUCACGGGCCAUCGUAAUGUUGUCAUCUGAAUCUGAAUUUACGCCGGCUGAAAAAUACUGGCCGAGUGAAGUGGGACGCAUAAAAACGUUAGGACAUGAUGGUGAAGUCUCAAUCAAAUUAAUUGGAGAAGAGCUCUUUCCAACAUUUGCCCUUAGGAAGUUUACUUAUAAGUUUGCAAAAGAGAAGACAUAUCGCGAGGUAAUGCAUUAUGCUUACCUGUGUUGGCCGGCAGACAAAAUACUGCCAGAAUCGACUGAAUCAAUAAUUGAUUUAAUAAGUCGAGUGCUUUCCUUACAGAGUGACCAUCAAGAAGCAGGUCCCAUUAUUCUACAUUCAAGAGACGGAUCGUUCAAAACGGGUCUUUAUUGUUGUGUGUCGUUGUUGCUUGAAAGGCUUAAAGCGGAAAAUCGUAUCGAUGUAUUUCAAACUGUUCGAAGUUUACAGCAAAAGAGACCACUUAUGUUCAGAAACUUUGAGCACUAUGCUUUCUGUUAUAAAGCUGUGAUCGAUUAUCUGGAUACAUUUAGCAACAAAAGUACGAUUGAUUGAAUGAAAUUGCACUUCAAAAGAACAAGAGUGAUAUGGUUUACACUGAAGCGCAGAUUUCAAAAAAAAGAGGAAGAAGAGUUCAGAGCAAUUAACGAUUUUUGGGGAUACAAAGCGGAUUAUAUUAUGAAUGAAAAAGUAGGGUUACUGUGAUAGAGUUGAUUGAUUCGAUGUGAAUCAACUAUUUCUCAGUAUUUCUCAUUGCGCGUAAUCCUUUUUCUGUAUAUCUAUUUCUCUGGUGAUAGCCUUGUAAGGAUUACCGAUGUUAAAAAAGUUCAUCAUAUCAUCGAGUGUAAUUAAAAAUUUGUCAUUUAAAUUUUUCAUUAGUAUGCGAAAAAGGUGAAAGGAAAAGUG